AUGACGACUUAUGUUCUUUACAGUCUUGACAGCGCAAUUGAUGAAUUCUUCAAUUCGAGCACUACUGUCACAAGACAGCAAUGCGAUGCAUUCGCUAUUUCUCGCGCUGGUGGUGUGUCCACUGCUUUACAGAUGCAAGGAGUGUGCAGCUAUACCGUGAUAGCGGGGCCUAACAAGUCCAAGCUCUUCCAGUUCCGAGAUGAAAACUAUACCAUUGACAUGGACAACAUUAUCCUUGCCAAAGCUAUCCAUCCCGACUUUGUGGCUAGCUGCAAGUAUCUCGACGACAUGUCCAGACAGUGUAACACUAUCAAGGACUUUGCAAGAUUCUUCGCACAGUCAUGGAACAGCGAUCUACAGCUAUCCUCAGAUGCAACCAUGACCUUGCUUAAAGAGUUUCGAUCAAACUUUGACCUUCUUGCUCGCGACCUACCAUCUCGUUUUACACCAAACCUAGAAAGGAUCCGUAAGGAGCUCCCGUCUCUCUUCUCAAAAGCCCUCCCUUUCGUUCUUAGCCACGGUGACCUUAACACGAUGAAUCUCCUUAUCAAUCCCCAAACCGGAAAUAUCACAGGAUUGUCGACUGGGCCGAAUCAAGGAUCCUACCAUUCGGCUUUGCGCUAUAUGGGAUUGAGAAUCUCCUAG